AUGUUUAGGUCUCUGCUCACACUCAUUGCUAUCCUCGGUCAAGUUCAAGCCCUUGAUCUUGGACCACUCAUUCAAUCCACCUGUGAUGCAGUCAUCACGUGGAACCAAUUUAUGGGUGGAAGCUUGAAUGCCACGCUUUCAAGUUCUGGACACCCACAAUCAGUUUCCUUGUCGAUUGACUGCGAGGCUGAGAUGGAAAGCGCAUUCAGUAGAUUAUUGUCGUCUCCCUGGAAGGUCAAAUUCCUCCGAUGGCUACGGUGA